UAUACACACACUAUUUAUAGAGCAGAGAAAGACUUGUGUGUUAAAGGUCUGUUGUGAUUAGUGAGAUAGUUAAAGAUGAUCGCAUACUUUUAUAUAGUUUUAUGAUCAUUCUUAAACAUCUUUCAUGUUUCACUGAUGAAAGGAAGUCAUUCAGAUUUGGAACGACAUGAAAUAGGUCUUUCCAGUGUGCCCUGUUGAAUGUUGGCACCGGCGGGCAGCAGGAUCAGACUGCAGCUGUCAGGAACUCUGUCCUCGUGUCCCAGAACACAAACAGAACCACAAACUGGGCCGUGAGAACAGCAGCAGAACAGAGUCUAAUACGGACACGAGAACACAUGCGCUGUGAAAGUCACGUCGACAGAUGACUCAGAUUAGAGCUGCAACAAACAACCAUUUCGAUAAUUGAUAAAUUUAUCCAUUAAUACCUCAAAAAUGAAGGCUAUAAAACAAACCAAAACACAAUGGCACUGACCAAAUGUUCACAAUGACAUAUGUUUGUCUAAUGCCUUUAUAGAAGGGUGUUUCUUAAAAUUCUGGCACUUUUAUCACCAUGGAUUUCUAGAAAGAAAUUUUCACACUCUUACUAGUUGAUUUAAAUUAUCUACUAACAAUGUGCAACAGUGUGUGUUCAUGCAUCACAGGAGAUUUAUGUCAUUUUUGUGUCAUUUCCCACACAGUCUCAAAUUCUGUAUUGUGUUUAAUAGAAUUCUGUGCUGGAAAUGACAUUUGCAACCUUUUUCUUUCUUUUUUUUUUUCUCCCCAAUUUGGAAUGCCCAAUUCCCACUACUUAGUAGGUCCUCGUGGUGGCACAGUUACUCACCUCAAUGCAGGUGGCAGAGGACAAGUCUCAGUUGCCUCCGCUUCUGAGACCGUCAAUCCGUGCAUCUUAUCACGUGACUCGUUGUGCAUGACACCGCGGAGACUCACAACAUGUGGAGGCUCAUGCUACUCUCCACGAUCCACGCACAACUUACCGCACGCCCCAUUGAGAGCGAGAACCACUAAUCACGACCACGAGGAGGUUACCCCAUGUGACUCUACCCUCCCUAGCAACCGGGCCAAUUUGGUUGCUUAGGAGACCUGACUGGAGUCACUCAGCACACCCUGGAUUCGAACUCGCGACUCCAGGUGUGAUAGUCAGCGUCAAUAUUCGUUGAGCUACCCAGGACCCCUUUUUUUAACCUUUUUCAUAUAAAAUGACAGACUAAUUUCAUAGAUCAUAUAUGAUGUAUCCUAAAUACACACAAUUAAAUCAUAUUUUUACACUUUUCGCAUAAUUUGGUUUGAAAUGACGGCCAAUAAAAUGUGAUAUUUCCCUUGAUUUUUCUGUAUUUUGUCUCAUAUUUCUUGCUCUUCACUGACACUUUUGUCUAAUUGGUUAACAAGUACAAUAACUUUUGAAAAAACUUUUUUCUAACUAGUAGCACCUAAUAAACAUCUGUCUGCACUGGUCUCAGAACAGUUUGAAAUGCACCUUAUUUUCAUCCUAACUCCAUAUAAAGCCUCUGAAAGCAACAUUUUCCAUUUUUGGAUAUAUCCAUUAAUUCUCAAUGUAAUGCACAGUAAAUAUAGGAUAUUUUAACUGAAACUGAGCAUACAGUCCACUAAUGUGGUCAUUGUGUUUAACAGCGUGCCAAUUCACGAUAUAAUCGCUUAAAUUUUAAAAAUGGCAUAUCGGAUGAAACUAGAGACUCUAAUCUUUUGACUCAAACAGGUUUUAAUUUAAAAACUUAAUUCAGUUUCUUAGUUUUGUUGGCGUUUCUCCCAAAGACAAACUCCGCUGUGAUCAGCGCCAUGUUGUUUGGUCACAUGACUCCAUACGUCAAAAGUUUAACCCUUUACUGACAGCACAGAGUCUCCUGAUCUGAGAUCAGUCCGUUUAAAUUAAAUUAAAUUAUGCGUUACGUGUAGCGAAGCCAAAAUACAACGUCCACGCAUGUGUACACGGUCAAACGUAAUAAUUAGUAUUUUUACUAGUUUAAUAUUGAAAGUCUAGGUCUAAAUGAUAAAACUGUCAAAUCUAUACAUUAAAGACAUUUUAAAAGUACCUAAUAAUGGCCUAAUAAAAAGUGUCCAAGUCAGUUUUAAUGGGACCUUCAUAUAACAAAAAUGUAAAAUCUGUUUGUUUUAAUGUAAAUCAACCCUUGUGACAUAAAAGUGCCCGAAGAUGAAGAUAUCAAUUGGUUUGUUGCGAUUCAGAUUUUUACGUUGUUGUAGGAGUUUUCAUUGUAUCUUUUAACUUGUGAAAUCAGCUCUUGACCCAUAUGUUUAGUGUAUAUCAGGAUAUAUUUUUAAUGGCCUCAUUCUAUGAGAACUGAUCAUAUAUGGUAGUCGAUCAAACAGCUUUUGAUGUCAAUUGUGUUCAGGGACCCUCGUCUAGCAUCUCAGUUAAACCUGCUCAUGAUCGGUUAUAUAACUCGAGUGAUGCGUAUGAUCUCCUGCGCAAAACUGAAGACAUUAUGUCAUUUAAUUAUGUUUGUUUGGGAUGUUUGAACUUCAUAAUACAUUAUAUACCCAAGUUUAACCAUAUGAAUAAAGUAAUGAUGAUUUAUGAUAUAUUUGUGUGGUAAAGAUGCCAUUUCUCCUGUUGGUGGCAGUAUUCUGCACGUGUGUGACGUUCAGUACUGUACUGUGGAGUUUCUUAAAGGCGCAGUUCACUCAAAUUCUGACAUCAUCAUUUACUAACCCUGACUUUCUUUCUUUCAUGGAACACAAAAGGAUGUUUUAGUUAAUACGUGCAUGUUAGAUUUGAUCUCAUGUUUCGAGUUCCUCGUGCUGUCAUUCUGCCUCGUGUUUUUCAGGGUUCUGGUGUGUGAAAUGACACAGUGAAUGUUGGAGCUGCUUCAGAAUCCAGAACUACAGAGGCAUCAGAUCAUCUGUGAAAGUUUUCUGAAUUCACCAAUCAACAGUCAUGGCACUAGUCCAGUCUCUCCCGGUGUCCAUUGACCAUCCAGCACCAGCUCUGGACCCUCGUCUCCAUCGGCGCUCCCCGACCGGAGCGAUGGGUGCAGUCAGCAGCAUGAUGCCCAGCCAGAUCUCCUAUCAUGACCGAGCCAACCUAGAGGUCAGCACCAAAUUCCGUAAGGGAACGCCGGGGUCAGGACGGCUGCUGUCAGACUCCUCAAAGGAGUUUCUAGUUGGCAGUCGCACUCCGUCCAGUAAGAGGAGGGCUAUUGUGGGCAAGGGGAAGGGCUUUGGUGGUCGUUCAUACUCGCAUGAAGACUUGAUAAGAGACUGGGACGAUAAUCAUUUGGAUGUGGGUUUGACUGGAGUGGACGGACCUCCAAAACUUGUCCCUGUGUCUGGACAGUUAGAAACGAACAUUCAGCAGGCCUUGAUCAGACCCACUGCCUUCAAACCCGUCGUCUCCAAGAGUCGCAAUGCAGUGCAGUACCUUUCUCCACGAUUAGGUGGCGCUCUAUCAGGCAGCCAGGGAAACCUCAGCAUUUUUUCUCAAGGAGAUGAGGACCUUGCAACCAUAACGAUGGAACGACGCAGUUCUUACAGUGGAGCUCGCAACGGUUUGUUCAGCCAGUCUUUUACCAUUACGGACACCGCAAGGAACUCCUUAACAAACAUCUCAUCAUAUAACGGCCCCGUAUAUAACCAAAGUGAGGUGACCAAACAUCACGGACACUCAAACUCUGACAGUGGACGUUCCUCGUCCAGUAAGAGCACAGGGUCUCUGGGUGGUCGCUGUCAGCCGCUGUCAGAUAUGUGCUUCGGUGGACCCUCUCCUCCGCACAUCGAGGCCUACGAAGUGAUUGUGAGAGACUUGGAGGAGAAGCUGAGAGAGAGAGACCUGGAACUUCAGCAGCUCAGGGAGAACCUGGAUGACAACGAAGCAGCAAUCUGUCAGGUGUACGAGGAGAGACAGAAGCGCACAGAGCUGGAGAUGGAGGAGUUCAGACAGACCUGUGCUGCUAAAAUGCAGAAAGCGUCUCAGAAAGCGCAACGAGAUCAACAGCUAGUGCAGCUGCAAGUGUUUCAGCUGCAACAGGAGAAGAAGAAACAGCAGGAGGAUUUCACACAGCUGCUGCAAGAACGACAGAGACUCGAGGAGCGCUGCGCCACUUACGAAAGAGAACACACACAGCUCGGCCCCAGACUGGAGGAGACCAAAUGGGAGGUGUGCCAGAAGUCCGGUGAGAUUUCAUUAUUGAAGCAGCAGUUGAAAGACCUGCAGGCCGAUCUGUCUCAGCGUGUUGGUGAACUCAUGACUCUGCGCGGGCAGCUGAGGGAAGUUCGCGCAGAGCUGCAGACGUGUCAGAGUCAGCUGCAGGAGGUGCACACGGCCUCUCGUACCCGAACUCUUGAGCUCGAGGUGUGUGAGAAUGAACUGCAGCGUCGCAAGAGUGAAAACGAGCUGCUGAGAGAGAAAAUGAGCUGUCUCGAAGGGGAGUCGUCUCGUCUGCGCGAGGCUCUGAGCGCCACGCACGUCCAUAACUCAUCCUCCUACAGAGGGGGCGGGGAGGAGCAGCGGCUGACCAAUGAAAGUGAGGAGUUAAAGGGAUCCAAGCAGCAGAUCGACAGGCUGAAGGCGGAGCUUGCUUACGAACGCCAGAGUUUGUCCAAUCAGGCCGCAACCUUCGAGAGUGAGAGGAAGAGUUGGGAAGAGGAGAAAGAUAAAGUGAUUCGAUAUCAGAAACAGUUACAGCAGAACUACGUACAGAUGUACAAACGGAACCGUGCACUGGAGCGAUCUCUGCGUGAACUCAGUCUUGAGCUGGAGUCCAGAGAGCAGGACGAUGAAAGCAGCGGUAAUGAAGUCACCUUUGAUGACAUCGCUGCUACGGAGAUCUAACAUCCAUCUUCAAACGUGUAACAUUGUUUGAGAAACUAGUAAUGGAAUAAAUUAAAUAUGGUCUACUGCCAGUACUAGUUCUGCAUUAAAUGCAACUAAGAGCAGUUAUUUUGAGGUCACAGUACAGUUACAACCCAUCUUUCGUUUAUCAUGAUUUGUGUUGCCCAAGAAUUAGAGAAACUUCAAUAAUUACGAUAGGGCUUCACUCAAAGUGUCAUUCAUUAUUCUGGGAUAGUAACUCAAAACAAUGUGGCACACAGUACUGUCAUAUUUAUUUGAAUACUGAGGGUUUAAUUAAACUUACUGAAGUGAACUUUAGUGGCAUUCAUGUAUUUGAGUAGAAUUCACAUCAUGAACGCAGCAUUAUUUAACACUUAAGUCAGGUAAGAUUCCAUGCACUCUGGAUUUAAGGGACAUAAACCAUUUCUAGUUUUCUAAAACACUCAUGACUGUUAUAUUUGUACCCAAAUAAAACACUGUCACUGUUGAGAUGAAUUGUGGACUUUGCCUAUGAAGUGUAUCAUAUAGAAGUCACUGUGAGUAGACCAAAGCAUUGCGAGAAACUGCUCUGUAUCUUGUGGGUGAUUCUUGUGGUGGUAUUGUAAUUUUAUAAUUAACAGUGUUUGUAUGAAGUCAAUACGUUGUAUAUUUUUUGUGUUGUAUAUUUAAUGUUCCUAUAAGCUGUUGGUAAUUAAACACCUGCAAUGAAUAACAUAUGCUGUUUUUAUUCAAAUAUUAAUGUACUUAAAGAGCCCGAAACAACUUUUUUGUAAAUACUGACCUUAAUCAUGAAGUGUUAAAAUGGUCAUCUGAGCUCUUAAAUCCGGAGUUUACAAAUAUGUUCAUGUCCCAAAGUGUCUUGGGAGCAUACAGUUAAUUUUUUGGGACGGUUGUGAAUUCUGAAUAAUUCAGAAAGUGGUACAUCAAGUUUGUUUCCCGUAAAACUGACACAGAUGAAUCAGGCAAUGUCAGUUUAUUUUCCUGACAUUCCAGAAUAAUCUAUCAUCUGUGGAAUGUUGAUUGCAUUAUGCCUAUUAAUUAAAUGGGUCA